AUGGGUUAUGGGCCUGCUGGAUAUGCUCUUUUUGUUGCAGUUUAUGCUGGACUAGAAAUCCUUGCAAUACCUGCCAUUCCAUUGACCAUGUCAGCUGGUCUUCUAUUCGGCUCUAUCACUGGGACCAUCAUCGUCUCCAUUAGUGGAACGGUAAGCUGCAGUGUUGCGUUCUUGAUUGCCAGAUAUUUUGCGCGUGAACGUAUUCUUAAGCUGGUUGAAGGGAACAAGAAAUUUCUUGCAAUAGACAAAGCAAUUGGAGAAAAUGGUUUCAAAGUUGUUACUCUUCUCCGUCUGAGCCCUUUACUUCCGUUUUCUCUUGGGAAAUAUCUAUAUGGACUUACUUCAGUCGAGUUUGUGCCAUAUGUUCUAGGAAGUUGGCUAGGAAUGCUUCCUGGAACAUGGGCUUACGUGAGUGCUGGUGCAUUUGGCCGUGCAAUUAUUCAAGAAGAAUCUCAAAUUGGUCUAGGAGGAAACCAACAGCUAUUGACCCUUGGAGUAGGUUUAUUGUUUACAGCACUUGCUGCAGCUUAUGUUACACGGCUCGCUGAGGAUGCUGUAAAGGAUAUUGAGUAGGCAGAAUUACUUGUGCCCAAACCCAGUAAAGUUUACAUGCUCUUUUAUCGACACGCACAACUGCCUCAUGUAAAUGAAAAAACUAUAGUUGAUAAAAUCAGA